AUGAAAGUGUACCACAGUAUUGAAGCAUCUCACGCCGACCCCACAGACCGCGAAGUCGACAUCUUUAGAUGCGAAAGCAAAGCCUAUACUCGACUGAAGGCCCAUGGCCUAUGCGACGAAGGAUAUGUCCCUGAUUUCUAUGGCCUGAUAAAACAAAUCAACCCCAUGGAAUGGUCACCACACUUACAAGAGUUUCUCGAAGAUCGUUUACCUCCCAACGCUGUUUUGCUUGAAUACGUACCGAAUCUUCAGCAGAUCGACCUAUCUACUUUCUCAAUGGAAAGGGUACACAAACUCCGUCAGAUUCUCUCAGAGAUACAUAGAGCUGGAAUCUAUCACGGAGACCCAUUUCCACGAAAUAUGAUGGUUCAGGAAAGCUCAGACAGGGUUCUCUGGAUUGAUUUCGAUCGUGCCCAAACCUUCUCGUAUGACUCAAUCACAACUCGCCAACGGCAAUGGCUGGAAGAGGAAGAUGAAUUGGUGGACUAUUUUGUUGAUGCUCUUGCGGCAGACUACAAGGAAGGCAAGAUUCAUCGCACAUGGGAAUGUUAUUAUGAGUACGUACAAUCCCACCAUACCCCUACUUGA